AUGUCAGAAAUCAGAUCUGUGAUUAUUGACGAUGUCCGGGGUCUGAUCGGGAAGUGCCUGUUCCUGUCGGGGUUCACCGAGGAGCAGCUCAACCACACCCACGACACCCUGCUGCCCGUCAAGUACAAGAUGGGCUUCACCAACAUGGUUGCCAGGGCGACGCCGGGCAGCAAGGACCUGAGCAGCAAGGAGCUCCGCGAGGGAGGAAAGAUCCUGGUGGAGAAGCUGAUUAAGUACCGGCCGCUGAUCGCUGUGUUCAACGGGAAAUGUAUCUACGAGAUGUUCUGCAGAGAGAUGUUCGGUAAAAAGCCCAAAAAGCUGGACUUUGGUCUGCAGCCGCACAAGAUCCCCGAGUGUGACGUGGCGCUGUACCUGAUGCCGUCCUCCAGCGCCCGCUGCGCCCAGUUCCCCCGGGCCCAGGACAAGGUCCACUUCUACAUCAAGCUGAGGGAGCUGCGGGACCAGCUGAGGGGCGUCCAGAAGAGCACGGAGGUGGAGGAGAUCCAGUACAGCUUCGACCUGGGCCUGGCCAAGGAGGACGCCAAGCGGAUGGCGAUCAAGGAGGAGACGUACGACCCCGGCUACGAAGACGCCUACGGCGGAGCGUACGCCGAGAGGACGGCUGAGGGAGGCCCGGCUGGAGGAGGUCCGGCUGCGAGCCACAACGGCCACUGCACCUUCUCGUCCGGCCCCAACACAGAAGGCGCUCAGGAGGCGGCGGCGGCGGCGGCUUCGGAGGCGGCGGCGGGGUCGACGGAGCUCCCGGACGGACAGUGGAUGAAGCAGAACUUCACGGAUCAGAUCCCAGACAUUAACGGCAUCUGAGCUGGAACCGGGAACCAGGAACCAGCCCUGAACCUCUCCAGGUCCAGGUUUAGAUUUGAUCCAGUUUUUAGUCGUGUCCAGGUGGAACCAGACACGUUUAGGACUUUUCUUUUUGUAAGCAUGUGCGGUUGUCUCUCGACAGUCUUUUAAAUAUGUGAAAUCAGGGACAAAGGUGCUUCACUGAGGAGGUGGCGGGGCGUCGGGG